AUGCAAUUCACUCUGCUCCUCUCCGCUCUGAUGGCAAUGGUCAUCUCAACCCUGGCCCUCCCUACCGGCGACACUCGUCUCGCUCAACUUCGCCUGUUCGGCGAACCUGGCUGCUACAAUGAAAACAUGGGCGAACUGGGCAUUUACAGAUCGGCUCUCAACCAAUGCAAAACCUUCCCCGGCAACCAAACCAUCGAGUCUGUUAGCUUCGAAUACAAUGUCGCCGGCUGUGGUGUGCAAAUAUUCACCGAAGACAACUGCUCCGCCGGCCAGCACAACGUCACCCUGGGACAAUGCCUCCAAGGCGAUGCCGAAUAUGUCAGCUACAAGUUGGUGUGCAACUAA